GGCUAGAGCAGCCACAAUCUCUGGUGCAAGUGGUCUCUUUGCCCGGCGAAAACGCUCAGUGAUAAGCCAAAGCUUUUGCUUAUCAGUAGGGUCUCCACUGAACUCUUCACUUCAUCGCCUGAUGACCAUCAUGGCCAGUUGAUGCCGGCAUGCAGAGCUGUAGACAAGUGAUUAACCGGCUGCUCCAGUUCCAGGUCCGCCGGGCAAGCACACUGGCCCGUGUGAGUGGUUCACCCGGCUAUGUGGAGAUCAAGGAGCAGGACUCCAGCCUAAAAUAUCCACCAGUUUGGCUGAGGGACAACUGCCAGUGUGCCGAGUGCUUCCAUGCCGCCACCAGAGCAAGGAAAAGUCACUGGGAGCGUGGUCCGGUCAAUAUAGAAGUCCAGCAAGUGGCCUUCAAUCAAGAGCAGCAGCAGUUGGAGAUCCUCUGGCAGGAUGAGCAUAAGAGCAUCUUUCCCAUGGCCUGGCUACGGGAAAGGGACUUUGGCGAAGCCUCUAGAAAGCGUUAUCUGGAGGAGGUCUACAAGCCACCGGCACAACUAUGGGGAAGAUCGGAAUUUGAUGCUGUGCGAAGGGAGUUUCAGUACCAAGAUGUUAUUCAGGAGGAUAAAGUACUCAAGAAUUGGCUGGAGGCGCUGGCCGUUCAGGGAUUCGCCAUUCUCAAAAAUGCACCCAACGACACCAAUGUGGCCAAGCAUUUGGCCCAAAGGAUUGGCUAUAUUAAGCGCACCACCUACGGCGACGUUUUCGAGGUGAAAUCCAAACCAAAUGCGGGCAACUACGCAUAUUUGAUGACUCCUUUGCCGCUUCACACCGAUUUGCCGUUCUACGAAUACAUGGCGGGCAUCAACAUCCUGCACACGCUCGUCCAGUCGGUUUCUAAGGGCGGUGCGAAUACCCUUACGGAUGGGUUUAAUGCUGCUGCCAGGCUGCAAGAAUUGCAUCCGGAGGACUUUGAAGUACUCAAGACGGUGCCGGUGAAUUGGUUCGACAUUGGGCACGAUGGCGAUGAAUCCCGGCCCUUCCACAGCCUCUGGAGAGCUCCGGUGAUCUGUCUAGAUGUGGACGGACGGGUCACUAGGAUCAAUCAGAACACGCCGAAGAGGGACAGCCGCUUUUCCGUUCCGCUGGAGCAGGCCAUGUCCUGGUACAGGGCAUACGACAAAUUCCUGGAGAUCGCCCAAUCCGAGGCCGUCGAGUUCAAGACGCAGGCCGGCGAUGUCUUUGCGUUCAACAACCUGCGCAUGCUGCACGGCCGAACGGCCUACGAGGAUGCGCCGGGCAACAAACGACACUUGGUGGGCGCCUACGUCGACUGGGACACCAUCUACUCAAAACUGCGAACACUCAAGUUCCCAAAUGCCAAAGAUUAGAGUAUUAGAGAGUUCUUUAUGUGAAGAGCCGUUUAUAAUUCAAAUAUUAUAGUUCAAUUCAGAAGAUCACAUAUUAUAUUUAACUGGGCCACAGAACCGAUCCAAGGAAAUAUCUAU